AUGAAAGCAGUUACCGAAGGUCAGAGCGGAAUCGCUAUAUUGUUGGUUGCCUGCGUGGCAGCAGAGCAGAAGCGCGAGGCUGAACCUUCUUAUGGCCAUGGUGUCGGCUUUUCCCUUCCUCAUGGCGGUCAGCAGUAUGGCGUCGGGUAUGGGCACGCAGCCAUAGCUCAACACCCAUAUGGCGGACGGUCCUUUGUCCACAGCUUUAGACACCCCCUCCACAAACGAGAAGCUGAACCUGGUUUCGGCCUACCAGCAUAUGGUUAUGGACAUGGUGCAGGCAUCGGCUAUGGAUACGGACCAGCUGGAGCUUACCACCCAUACGGCGGUGUCUCUUUCACUCGAUCCUACAACCACGUGCUCCACAAGCGUGACGCUGAUCCAAGCUAUGGUCACACAGGAUCGGUCUACGGCUACAGAAGCUCCGUCAGCCAUCCAGAAUACGGCUAUUCGUACCAGCAGAGCCAUGGAAUCGUACCCGCACAUUACGCUUUAUACUAG